AUGGUUGCCAUCCUCAAAGCACUGUGCUUGUUUCUUGUCCUUGUAAGAGUGAAUGGACAAUGCGCUUUGAGCAAUCUUGAUGUGAACCAAUACAAUACAGGAAGACAAGAGAAGGGCUACUCAAUAUUUUUUGUGAGCAUAAUCAAUAAAUGCCCUCAAUUGUGCGUUCAAAGUAAUGUGAAGUUGAAUUGCACUGGAUUUCAGACAGCCAAAAGCAUAAGCCCUACGAUUUUGAGUGUCUCUGGUGAUGUUUGUCUCGUUAAAAGUGGCCAACCUAUCACUCCUGAUGCAGCCGUCAAUUUCCAGUAUGCUUGGAGCAAUGAAUUUCCACUGAACCCAAUUUCUUCAGAUGUCCAUUGUGCUUAG